AUGCUUCUUCUGGUUGGAGUAUGGCACAACAUCAGAAACUUCCAAGUUAGGCCUGCUGGAGGAGCUUAUCGCACAACAAACCAUACCUACAAGAUUUCAAUUAAUCAAGCAACAGCCGUUAGUCCGUGCAAUUUCAUGAAUGAUGAGCUAUAUCUUAAUUUGGUCGAUUUUGAGAGCGUUUUAUCUGGAACACUUGAUGAAAAACUCCUAAUAGAUGUUCUGGGCCAAGUUUUGGAUUGUGGUGCUGUUGAAACCAUUCAGUGUGCUGGGGGGAACCCGCGUAAGAAACUAGAGUUCACCCUAAGAGACAUCAAUGAUUCAAGAAUACCAUGCUGUAUUUGGGGCAAAUUAACCGACAUUCUCCAUUCUUCCUGCAAUCAAGACGAUGGAAUGGUUACUUUGCUUCUGAGGUUUGCUAAAAUUGGCAAGUUUGGAGGAGAACUACAAAUAUCUAACUUCUUUGAUGCUUCUCAAAUGAUCAUCAACCCUACAAUACCCGACGCAGAAGCAUUUAAAGAUAUGGAUACUGAAGAUGACAAAACUCUAAUGCCAUAUGAAAGUAAUGAGGAGAGUCAAGAGUACAUCAACAAGCAAGUUGAUCAGGCAGAUAAGCGAGUACAGCGUGAUAAGUGGUUGCUAUAG